GCUCCUGCCCAAGCCACCCCUGCAUCCCGCAGCUUCACGGCUGAGGGGGAAGUCGCUCGCGCCUCGGCGGGCCUCAAUCUAGCUAGAUGCCCCCUGACUUCCUCCGGCUCGUUCUCCCGACCGCAGGGACAGAGCAGGGAGCUGAGAGGGCCUGCGGCUCAAGCCUGCUCACAGGGAAGCCAGCAUUCGUCGCCUGGCUGUGCCCCGGCCAGCCGUCGCCAUUCAGUUGUAAAGUUUGUGGGAAGAAUGACACUAGGGCCACAGCCUCCUCCCUCCCCUUCGGGGCCGCCAUGUCUCGCCUGGCUCUUCUUGCCGCUAUGUGGGAGGUGGGAACUUGUACGGAGCAUGUGAAGCUGAGAGAAAUCCCUUUCACGCUAUUCGCCUUGGAACUUCACCAGCCUUACAAUGAAACUGAGAGAGAGGAGAUUGCACAACGUGAUAAAGAACACCUGCUGUUGCAAAAUAAAGAGCGGCACGCCCGAAUCUAGGCCGUCUAGCACCGAAAACCCUAAGCAAGAAGGUGAGAAAAGAGCUCAGCAGAGUAGACCAGAGGCAUCGCGCCAGCCAGCUCCGAAAGCAGAAGAAGGAGGCGGUUCUGGCAGAGAAAAGACAGCUGGGCAGCAAGGAUGGCCCUCCUCAUCAGGUACUGGUGGUGCCCCUGCACAAUAGGAUUUCCCUGCCAGAGGCCUUUCGGCUGCUUCAGGAUAGGGACAGUGGAAUAGUACAUUUGAAUGAACUGGGAAGUAGCCAUAGCUUUAUGCUGCUGUGUCCUCGCUUGAAACAUCGAUGGUUUUUCACAUCUGCAAGGCCAGGGGAUCUGCACACUGUGUUAGACAUGGCUAAAGUAGCUGAUACCAUCCUGUUCCUCCUUGACCCACUAGAAGGCUGGGAUAGCACUGGGAAUUACUGCCUUUCCUGCCUCUUUGCUCAAGGACUUCCCACCUAUACACUAGCUGUCCAGGGUAUUUCUGGCCUCCCACUGAAAAAACAAAUAGAUGCCAGAAAGAAACUAAGUAAAGCUAUGGAGAAACGCUUUCCGGAUGACAAACUCUUCUUGUUAGACACUCAACAGGAGGCAGGGAUGCUGCUAAGGCAGUUGGCUAACCAGAAGCAACGGCAUCUUGCUUUUCGAGAUCGACGAGCCUACCUUUUUGCCCAUGCUGCUGAUUUUGUGCCUAAUGAAGAGAAUAAUUUGGUGGGCACCUUGAAAAUUUCAGGCUAUGUUCGUGGGCAGACUCUGAAUGUAAAUAGCUUGCUGCAUAUCACUGGACAUGGCGAUUUCCAAAUGAAACAGAUAGAUGCCCCCCUGGACCCUUUCCCUUUAAAUCCUAGAGUAAUUAAAUCCCAGAAGGACCCAGGCAUGGAAAUGGAGAUUUGUGAUACAGAUGCUGUUGCUGAUAUGGAAGAAGACCUUAAGGUCCUAAUGAAGGCAGACCCUGAUAGACAGGAAUCCUUGCAAACGGAGGCUAUCCCAGAUCCAAUGGAGGGGGAGCAAACCUGGCCCACUGAGGAGGAGCUGAGUGAAGCAAAUGUGAAGGAAAGCUCCAAGGUGGUAAAGAAGGUCCCCAAAGGAACAUCCAGCUACCAAGCUGAAUGGAUUUUGGAUGAGGAUGGCGAAAGUGGUGGAGAAGGAGAUGAAUAUGAUGUUGCAGAACAUGAGGAUUUUAUGGAAGAGGAAUCUCAGGAUGAAAGUAGUGAAGAGGAAGAAGAGGAGGAAUGUGAAACUAUGACUAUAGGGGAGUCUGUGCGUGAUGAUCUGUAUGAUGAGAAAGUAGAUGAAGAAGCUGAGGAAAAAAUGUUGGAGAAAUAUAAACAAGAAAGACUGGAAGAGAUGUUUCCAGAUGAAGUGGACACCCCGCGUGACAUGGCUGCUAGAAUUCGAUUUCAGAAAUACAGAGGCCUCAAGAGUUUCCGGACAUCUCCAUGGGAUCCUAAGGAAAACCUUCCUCCAGAUUACGCUCGGAUCUUUCAGUUUCAGAACUUUACUAAUACUAGGAAAAGCAUCUUUAAAGAGAUUGAGGAAAAAGAGGUUGAAGGAGCUGAGGUUGGCUGGUAUGUCACACUUCAUAUUUCUGAAGUCCCAGUCUCAGUGGUUGAAUACUUCAGGCAAGGAGCACCCUUGAUUGCAUUUUCUUUACUACCUCAUGAACAGAAGAUGUCAGUUUUGAAUAUGGUGGUGAGACGGGACCCUGGCAACAUUGAACCUGUGAAAGCCAAAGAGGAGCUGAUCUUCCACUGUGGAUUCAGGCGCUUCCGAGCCUCACCUUUAUUCUCUCAGCAUACUGCAGCGGACAAACAUAAAUUUCAGAGAUUCCUGACUGCUGAUGUGGCACUAGUGGUGACAGUAUAUGCGCCAAUCACUUUUCCUCCUGCAUCUGUGCUGCUUUUCAAGCAGAAAAGUAAUGGAAUGCACAACCUCAUUGCUACAGGCCAUCUGUUGUCAGUGGAUCCAGAUAGAAUGGUCAUCAAGAGAGUUGUUCUGAGCGGUCAUCCUUUCAAAAUUUUUACUAAGAUGGCAGUGGUACGUUAUAUGUUCUUCAAUAGAGAGGAUGUGCUGUGGUUUAAACCAGUGGAACUGAGAACAAAGUGGGGCCGCAGAGGACACAUCAAGGAGCCUUUAGGUACCCAUGGCCACAUGAAGUGCAGCUUUGAUGGGAAGCUAAAAUCUCAGGACACAGUACUGAUGAACCUCUAUAAACGAGUUUUCCCCAAAUGGACUUAUGAUCCAUAUGUACCAGAACCAGUACCUUGGGUGAAAAGUGAGAUUUCUUCAGUAGUGCCUGAAGUGGGCAUGGAGUGAUAGAUUUAAAUUCUGUCUUGCUGGUGCCAGUUAGCAUUCUAGGGAUGGGAGCCUACAGGCUGUGAUUAGGCAAAGUUUGUUUUCUACUUUAGCCUAUCAGACUGCUGCCCCAUUUGCAAAAGACUUUGCUUGACCUUGACACCAUGUCUCAGUGAAGUAUGGAAGUUUUUCUACUACUUAGUCCAAAAAACUGUUAAAUCUUAAACUGAAAUA